CCGGCCAGUUACGUACUGACUUUAUUCACAGUCGUGCCGGAGUGCAUCGAUACAAUAACGAAACACGUGCCUCAUCGAAAUCAUAUUUGUGAAUUCUUUUCUUUUGAAAAAAAACGAUACGUGAGUGAAAUUCUGAUCCCUUGGCUUUCUUCACAAUAUGUUUUAUCUUCAGAUAGCAAUAAUUUGUAUGGCAAUAGUCCACGUAAUAUGCGACCUACCACCUGGGACAAGACGUAAUACAUAUCUGCCUCCUGAACCAACUAAGGGUUACAAUUAUGAAACGCCUUCGAUAGUAUUUUCAAAAUCAACAAUUCCAUUUAGUACUACACCAUCCAGUCAUACAUAUCCUAAACCAACCACAAAAUUUCCGACAUCGAGACCUUUCAAUGGUUAUCCACCUCCUACUAAACCUACUCCAGAAUUUCCUGACUCAACCAGACCUACUGGAACUACGAUACCAAAUAAUGGUGGUCACGAUCAUCAUCAUCAUGAACCAGGCAUGCCAUUUGACUUCAACUAUGCAGUGAAGGAAGACGCCUUUGGAAACGAUUAUUCCCACAACGCUAUAAGCGACGGUGACAUCGUCCGCGGGGAAUAUAGAGUUCAACUUCCUGAUGGAAGAUUGCAGAUUGUCCGCUAUACCGCCGAUUGGAAACAUGGGUUUAGCGCGCAGGUUUCCUAUGAUGGAAAUCCACGUUUCGACGUCUCUCGACCGCCCGGCAAUUUUGCAGGCUAUUAAGUUAUUAAUGUCCAGUUUAUGGUUGCGAACCAUGUUAAAAUGUUUGUCUUGCGGUUUUUAUUGUUGGUUUCCACGCCUCUGUGUUGUCUCUACGCCUCCAUUGAGCGUUGGAUCGUUCGUUUUCAGCAUAUCGAGUCAAUCGUGCCAAAAAAAAAGUUAUUAUGUGCAUAAUUUUUUUAAUAAUUUUAAUAAUUUUUUUUUUAAA